UGGUCACGUAGGUUUGCGGCUGUUCCAUGGAACGCGGCGGUAAGGCUCGAUACUGGAUGUGUAAGAUACGGCGGAUCCACGGGUCCACGUGCCAAGGCUCGGGGAAUGAUCAGCUGCUGAUAAGGACGCCCCAUCGCUCCCUCUCUUCUCUGAUUCCUCACUCUUUGUCCUUCUCCAACAACCUUAUUGUCGUUUCCGAGAUGGGCUGUCAAUAGAAGUCCUUCCUUCCCACCCUAUAUUCUUCAUUCUGUGCUAUAGCCCUAGUUUCUUAGAGAAGCAUCUUGUCUACGACUUCUAAACUCCUCCGGAUAGACACGGGUGCUUAUCUUUCAGCCCCCCAAGCUUUGUCUCUCUCUCUCUCUCUCUCUCUCUCUCUCUCUCUCUCUCUCUCUCUCCCUCUCCAUCUCUGAGACCCUUUGGUUCGACAUAUUCUUUUUAGGGCACCGUAGUGCCCCCCGAGGAAUCAUGGCGACCAAAGCAAUGAUCCCGUUUCUGGUCACGAUGAUGCUCGUGACCGGUGUCUGCAAUACUAUCCUCAACAAGUACCAGGAUAUGCAAUGCGUGCGAAAUUGUGAUUCUCCGGAUUCUAGUGAUCGCCAUCUCUUUGAGCAGCCUGUCAUUCAAACGAUUCAGAUGUUCAUUGGAGAAAUGGGUAGUUGGCUCGUGGUCCUACUCUCAUAUAUUUACCAAACAUUCAUCUCACCGCGCUUUUCGAAUCAAUCAUCCCCCCUUUUAGUCGGUGGCUAUCACCCUGUAGCGAAUAACGAUGGUGUCGAUGAUGCGGUCGAGGAUAAUGCGAUUGAUGGGGAUGGGUUCCCCAAUGACCCUACAAAGCCCGCGCACGCGCAUGAUGGGCGUAUACGCCUACAUGGCCGGAAGAUCUUUCUCCUUGCUGCGCCGGCAUGCUGUGACAUCGCAGGCACUACCCUUAUGAACGUCGGCCUACUCUUUGUUGCAGCAAGCAUUUACCAAAUGACGCGUGGUGCGCUAGUGCUUUUCGUUGGUCUUUUUAGUGUUCUGUUCCUCCAUCGGAAACUCUAUCUUUAUCAAUGGAUGGCACUUUUCGUGGUCGUCCUGGGAGUUGCACUGGUAGGUCUUGCGGGUGCCCUCUUUGGUGACAGCCAGAACCACGAUAUCACACGAGAGGAUGCCAUGGCAGCUGUAGCACACGUCUCGAUGCAAGCCCGCGCUCUUGCAAAGACCCCUGAAGCAGUUCAGGCCAUCAUCGGUGUUCUCCUUAUCGCCGCAGCCCAGAUCUUUACUGCCUCGCAAUUCGUGCUGGAAGAAUGGAUCUUGGAACACUAUGCUAUGGAUCCUCUCCAAGUUGUUGGUUGGGAAGGCAUUUUCGGCUUCUCUGUGACUGUCAUCGGGUCGAUCAUCUUAUAUCUGUCCGUAGGCCGCACGGAAGCUGGCCGCUAUGGAUACUUUGAUGUCAAGGAAGGAUGGCAUCAGGUAUUAAGUAACAGAGCUAUCGCUAUCUCCAGUGUACUGAUUAUGAUCAGUAUUGGUGGCUUCAAUUUCUUCGGCCUCUCCGUUACCCGGUCCGUCUCUGCUACAUCUCGCAGCACGAUUGACACUUGCCGAACACUCUUCAUUUGGCUCGUCUCAUUGGCACUCGGAUGGGAGUCCUUCAAAUGGCUUCAGGUGGCCGGGUUCGCAUUGCUCGUGUAUGGAACCUUCCUGUUUAACGACAUUGUACGCCCACCACUCAAGGCAUGUCUUCCCCGUGAAGUGAGGGAGAGAGAAUUGCUGCUGCCAGAGGAGCCGAUCGAGCAUAUCUAAAUUUAGAGAACGAGACAUGCUAUUGGCAUCUCAACA